GAGUUGAAGGAAAAACUGACCGAUAGACAAUUCAAGCUAUUUUCCAAGACUGUUUUUGGAAAAUAUAUGCAGAUGCAAGUUGAUACCGAGGUGCAGGGUCAGUUAUUUAGGUGUUUUAUGGUUAGGGAAUUGAAGCGUAGUAAUAGCGAUGCGUUUGUUAUCGAUAUUAAUGGGACGGAAUUGACAUUCGGUCUUUUUGAAUUUGCUUUAAUUACUGGUUUGAAGUGUUACGGGGAUGAAAUUGUUUUCGACGAGGGUCCUAACAGAUUGUUGGAUCAAUAUUUCGGUGGUUCUGGUAAUAGUGUUUUAAAGAUGACUUUAAAUAAGUGCUUUGAAGACAAGGAUUGGGGUGUUGGUGAUAACGCAGAUGAAGAUGCUGUAAAGAUUGCUAUCCUGUAUUUCAUUCAUAAUUACAUACUUUCAAGUGAAAAGAGGAACGUCACAGUCCCAAGACAUCAUUUUGACUUGGUGGAGAGUGAACAGUACAAUGAAUAUACUUGGGGUAAGGAAGCAUUCGAUGAUUUGAUUAAGAGUAUUCACCACAAGAUGGACAAGCCGAAGCAGUUUUAUUGUCUACGGGGUUUCCCUUUUGCUAUGCAAGUGUGGAUAUAUGAGUGCUGCUCUAAUGUUGACCCUAAUUUAAUGGUUAAAACCGGAAGCCGAAUCCCAAGAAUGUUUAACUGGAGAACAGUGAACCAAAAGCCAUCAGUUAACUACUUGAUGUUGGGCAUGUUUAAGGACGGUGAGGAGAUUAGUUGUAAAUUCAACAACAUUGUUCCGACCAUAUCAGAGGUUGAGAAGCUUGGUCUGCGUGCAUACCUGGCCAACAGACGUGCACCACCAUCCCAAACACACCAAGAGGAGGAAAAUGAAUAUGCGAGAUUUUACCACAACACCUCCCCAUAUUGCCGCCGCCAAGAAAACUCAAAAGAACGAUGCUUCAAAAUCUCCACCGCACAAGAAGCCCAGGAAGAUGUUGACGGCAGCAUUGCUUGGUCAGAAGCCACCAACCACAAUCCCAAAAAAACCUACAGUUGGUCAAUCAUCUAAAAAAUCUGAU